AUGCUUUACAAAGGUAUACCUCAAAGUGACAGCGAGGUAGCACACCUCUCCCAUCUUCGUGAGGUGUUAUCUGUUCUCCGGCGUGACAAGUUCUAUGCUGCUUCCUCGAAGUGCACAUUUCUUACUGAUUCUACCCAGUUCCUCGGUUAUGUGGUGUCUUGGGAGGGCCUGAAAGUGGACCCGAGUAAGGUACUAGCUGUCAAUCAGUGGCCCCGCCCCUCUUCGAUCACUGAAGUUCGCAGUUUUCAUGGCUUGGCUUCCUUCUAUCGGCGUUUUAUUCCUCACUUCAGUAGUGUUACGGCUCCUAUCACUGAUUGUAUGAAGGGGGUUAAGUUCUUCUGGACGGAUGAUGCCGAGGCUGCCUUUGUUGAGAUCAAGCACCGACUCACUUCAGCCCCUAUUUUGGUUCUUCCUGAUUUUUCCCAGCCAUUUGAACUACAUUGUGAUGCUUCGAAAUUGGGUAUUGGGGCUGUACUUAGCCAAUCUGGGUGUCCUGUUGCUUAUUUUAGUGAGAAACUGUCUAGCGCUAAACUUCGUUUCAGUACCUAUGAUAUUGAGUUCUAUGCUAUUGUCCAGAUAACGUCCAUGAACCAUAUCAUUAACGAGGGUGUAUUAGCGGAUCUACACAAAAUUGGAGGCAUUAAGCUCUUAGUCAUUACUCAAUUCGAUCAAAUAGCUCUGAGGAUUUUUUGGGUUGAUUGGCUAUUAGCAGAUAUUUAUUAA